UGUCUUUCCAACGGUAACAAUCAAAACUUACUCUACUGGGUGCCUAGUCCUAUCGCAGUAAUUCAAUCAUGCCACACACGUGGGAAGAAACCGGGGUAUAACGUACACAAAACACACUGGCCGUUCAUGAAUUCAUCCCGUACGUCUUGUAUAGCAUUUGCUACGUACCUACUUAAUCAUCCAAAAAAGAGCGCAUGUGAAAAUGUGGGUCGAUUUCAAACAGACUGGCAUCUUAGUAAAAUUUAUGAACUAUUAUCAGCCGUUUACUUCCGUUCUCACUUAUACAAGAUUUCAAAUCUAAGACUCUAUUGACGUCUCAUGACUAGACACACUAAUAUAUGCAGAUACAUAAAACAUAUUUAACAUUAUUUUCACCCAGCAUACCGCUGCCAGAACCUAAAUUUGAAUAAGAGUUGUUAUGUUUCAUGAAAAGUAUCAGAGUACAACCUUUGCCAAUCGGGAAAAAAUCACGUGACUUCGUCAUAUGACUGCGACAGCUGACCAAAUGUGUCUGCAAACGUGAAGAUGCAGCUGUCUUUGAUACAGAAACUACCACCACAGGAAUGUCCAAAGUUCUUCCACAAAAUAAUUGAUGCUGUUUGUGGCCGUGCACUUCCUCGAUUCCAGGACUAUGGUAGCAUCUAUAACCUGACAGAAUGGUUGGAGAUAAUCGAUGAGACAGUAUCAUUUUUUGAAACUGCUGUCAGUGCACAGUUGUCAGAUGAACAGAUCCUUCAGCAGUUAAGUGGCUUGAGCUCAAGUCAUCACGAAGAGAUAAUGAAGUGCCUGAAAGUCAGAAAGGAGGAGAUCCGACUGGCUCUAGUUGAGAAAACAAAUGCUAUUUCUUCUGCUCACUUAGAGGAUUUUGACUGGCAACUGAAGCUCGCUCUCUCCAGUGACAAAAUAUCUUCUCUACAAACACCACUGCUGAACCUUGACUUGGAUGUGAGAGAAAAUGGCAAACUUAAACCAGUCUCUGUCGAAAUGAAUCGAGAAGAACUGCAGAAUUUAAUCAGCUCUCUGGAGGCUGCCAACAAGGUUGUUUUACAGCUAAAAUGAGUACAGAAAAAAUAUUUGGCACCAUUUGUUCUUGGGUCUACUUGAGCCUUUAACAAAACAGUCAAUCAGUGUUAAGGAAAGACAGCGAAAGAUACCAGCAGGAACAGCAGAUGAUAAGAUGGCGCCAGUCUAGAUUUUCAACCCUGUAAGACCUGCAGAGUGCUGAAAACACCCUUAUUGCUGCUUUUGGUUAGAGAAAUUCCCCGGAUCAUCAAAUAUGAUGUCAGUCUUUAUGUACCAAACCCUGUUUAGAAUUACCAGUUUAAUAUUCAAGAUAAUUUUAUUCAAUUUAGUUGAGAUUUUUUUUUUUUUUUUUUUUUUUUUUUUUUACUUAUAAGGAUGUUAGUUAACAAUUUUGAUAUCUCUGUAUGUAUUCCACCAUUGUUCUUCUCUGAGGUAAGGUGUAUGGAUGUCAGUUCUUGUUUUAUACUGCUAAAGCUGAAAUUUGUACACCGUGUAAAUUUGUGACUCCAUGAUACUUUGAUACUGCUUUGAAAACUUCAUGUUCAGUCAUGUCACCACUGUACCAUUGGCUACCCAGCUUCCAGGGUAAGUUCUAUCCAUUAAAGCAGAAUGUAUUCCCUAGGAUAAAGUGAAAAAAGUUUUGUCUGCAAGGUUUUGUUGUGAAAGUGCUAGUUCUUAAAGAAAGCAAUCAUUGUUUUGUCCUCAUGUAGUUGCACAGCUGUUUAUAAAACUCAUCGUUGUUUCAA